AAUACAAUAAUCAAAAGCUAUUGAAGCCGGAAACCUGUCUUCGUGCCAGGAUAUUCUCGCACCAUUGUCGACGGUAGAUGUAGAUUUACCUAUGUCCACCUCUGGGGGUUGUACAGCUCUUGGAGUUGCUGUACGCUUUGGGAAACUGGACAUCAUAACUUGGCUUCUACAACGGGGUGCAAAUCCAAAUUACCCCUACGGCAACAAGGGUUCCAUCAUUCUGUCGAUGAUAUGUCAACCCCAUUUAAACCCGCGAUUGCCGGCGAUGCUUGAGAGAUACAUCGCAACCGGCGGUAGCGUUCUAAACGAGCCAGGAUGUCUAGUAGCCGCGGCUGUGGGAGCAAAUAACGAGAAAGGUCUGGAAAUACUUCUGGAUCAUCUGAAGAAGAGCAGAAAGUUUCACGCAGAGCAAGUUGGUGCAGACCCGUCGGCAGCCUUGGCGUUAGCUGUCAAUAAAAAAUGGCAGGGAAAGACACCAUUGCAUUACGCGGCCUUGUUGAGUAACGUGGAUAUCGUUCAGCUUUUAAUCGACAAUGGCGCCGAUCUUGAAGCCAAAGACGAUUCUGGUUGUACUCCCCUCCUCCAUUCCAUCAUGGCACCAUAUAAGGUCAACCCAUCAGCUGCUGUGCGAGUUCUACUCCAGGCUGGCAGCGAUAUCAACUGUCGCAACAUCUAUGGCGUUACACCGCUGGCCGGAGCAUUUUUAAGGGGGAACCGGUAUGUCAUUUCGGCUCUGAUGGACCGGGUUCCAGAUGUGCUUGUCAGAGAUGACAGAGGGCGCAAUGUGUUGCACUAUCUCUUCCAGAACGUAGAGACUGGUGAAGAGGACGACGUUAGGCCGUCACUCUUCAUCAAGCUAACUCGAAUGGGUGUCAAUCCGCUCGAAGUCGACGUGUUUGGCUGCUCUGCCUUUCAUUUGAGUAUACACCACAAAUAUAUGGCAGCCCUCUUGCUGAACGGAAAUAUCCACACCCAGGUCGAAAGGCCUAUUCCAUGGUCGACCAUGUUUUGGGGUCCAAAUGGAGGCAACGCAGCCUGCCUGAUAACGGCCUUUCGAUUGUGCCGUCGAAGGCUGUCAACGGAUAGGUUCUGCAGGCUCCUAAACCUCGAGGCCGUCAGCACCAGAAAUCCACUGUGCUUCGCUGCAUCUACUGGAAAAAUACCAAUCAUGGAAAACAUCUUGUCUUUGGGAAUCCUGAUAGACUUCGAGGUUUGUCCAGAGGGCUCCGCACUGAUGGCAGCGUCCAUCGCAGGAAACCUGGAAUCUGUUAUCUACCUUGUUCGCCACGGCGCGAGCAUCUCCUUUCAAGGGCACAACAACUUUCGGUCUGCAGUGGAGCUCGCAGCCACAUCGCCGCGGGUCCUUCGCUGGUUGCUUGUUGACCGGUUCACCGACCAGAAAAAGCUCGACCAGUUUUGCCACGAGUCGACCUCCCGAACGUCAGGUUACAGGCCUUGGAGCGGGGUCCAGAAAGCUGAGAUGAUAAUAUCAGGACGAUGGGAGCGGCAGCCACAUGAGUCUUCUCACCGGUACUGGGCACGUCUAUCGAGCAUGAAAGAAGAGUAAGGGCAAGUUUCUUCCUCCCAGCAACGGGAAGAAAACGCGGAGACAAUCGAAGUUGGUCCCAUCAGAACCUGUUAAGAUUGCAGUCGGUGGGUAUUUUGUUCCGUACGAUGCCUCUUUGGGAGAACGCUUGACUAGAAAGAGCAAGUGGUCGGGGUUGAGCUUGGAGAUUCGAGAGUGUCUCGAGCGUUACUACUCUCAAGGCAAGUCGUGAUGGUAUGUGUAAAUUAGCUAGUCGAUUUCUCGUGGAGCGACUGUGCAGCUUGGCGUUAGGUGUAUUAUGACCAGCAAAUUUCUUUCAAAUUCUCAUACUGCUUUC